ACGAUAUUUCCCGAUAUGUCUGAGGUCCUUGAAGGCGGCUUACGUCACACAAAUGGCGGACGUUGUAAACAGAGCCAACAGCUUCUCGGAGGCCAAAGUGAAACAUCUCUUUUUAAGAUGAAUACCGUAGAGUUUGAGCGUUUAGAUAGUCUGGAGGGCUGGGUGGCCGUUAAAAGUAACAUAUUUGAAGAACCUGAGACGUUUAAGCUAGGCUUCAUCGUACAGUGGAAUGUCAUCGAAUGUAAGUUUGCGGUCACCUGCCACAACCGGACGUUACAACGGCAAAAACGCAAAGCCGAAGAACUCGCUUUCGGCGACGUUCAGAUGAGCUGGGCUGGACUCUUCUCCGUGAGCGACUUGAAACACAUCCAUCAGCAGUUUAUAUGUGUGGCAGACGUCUUGGUAACCUGCUUCCCGGAUUUGUCAGAGUUCGAAGACGGCAACAUUUGGGACUUGCUCUUCCUGAAUCGGAGGUCAGGUCCCGAAGACGACGAGAGGGAUUUGGACACGCCGUGUAGAAAACUCGAAAAAUACUUCAGCACAGCCAUUGACAUCUGCGGACGAAAGAUUGUGCUCGAUACGUUGUUCACGCAGGAUGAGCGGGAUGUUGAUGAGUACUUUGAAAAUCUACAGGAGUUCAAGAGGAAGACCAUGCAGGAGGAGAUGUCGAGGGCCAAGGCUCACGUACGGCAGCUCCUACAGAGUCAUGGCAGUGCAGACCGAAUGGUUGCGCUGCUUGCCAUCUACGAGCAAGAGGACGAGGCCUACCAGGACCUGGUCACUGUGGCCACCACCUUCUUCCAGUAUCUGCUCCAGCCUUUCAGGGACAUGAGAGAGCUGGCCUGCCUCUACAAGAUGGAGAUCCUGAAGUCUUUGGAGUUUGAGGACUUGGGUCCUAAGAGAAUUGCAGCUCUGGAGAAGGAGGCUGAGGAUUGGAGAACGAAAGCAGAAGAUGCAGUCGCCUCAAUUCAGGACAUCACUGUCACCUACUUUGCACAGACUUCAAAGGCCCUGGCUGGUAUGUUAAAGCAGAUGGAGGAGGAUAAGUGUCGUUUUGGAGCCGCUGCCUGGGCGUCUGCAGCUCCAAGACUGGAGAAACUACGCUUCCUUCUAGCCAAAGAAAGCCUGCAGCAUAUGAGAGCUACAGAGAUGUGCCUCAACCGCAAGAAAGACGGCAUCAGAGAAAGGUUGGGCGGCCUGUCUGGCAAAGUCAAGAGCCACAGAACUGAUUCCAGGUCUGCGUCUAAGUACGGUCAGCAGCAGGACACAGUGGACGAGCUGGAGCUGGAAUUCUAUGAAACACAACUAGAACUGUACAACACCAAGUUUGAGAUCCUGAAGAAUGAGGAGCGGCUGCUGGUGGCUCAGAUAGACACGCUGCGACGGCAGAUUAAAGAACUGAAGGAGGAGGUGGUGUACUAUGAUGUGUGUGAGGAUCCAGAGGAGCUGCAGAGCAUGGUCCACACGGGUAUUCAACCAACGGACUCUCCGGCUGUCAGUCUGCUCAAAAGACGCCUACAGACCUUGGAGACCAAGAGAGGCAACAUCUGUGCCCGACGAGCUUAUCUCCGCAACAAAAAGGAUCAGUGCAUAGAGGCCAACGAGCAGAAGAGGCUGCCCGCCAAGCAGAGCUCCAUACUCUUCAACCAGCAUCAUCACGUCCACCUGAAACGAGAGAAGAGGAAAGAGGAGGAGCAGCAGAGGAAACAGUGGGUGGACCUGGAACGAGAGAAGACUCUGAGCAGAUUACGAUCCUUCAGAGAGAGGCGGCAGGGCCAGUACAUGCUGAAGACUCCUCAUUCCAGGAUGUCUCCUUCUGAAGUCCCAGUUCCCUCCCAGCCGCUGUCCAUCAUCAGCCUCGGCCCCUCAGAAGGACCCUCCUCUGUCCGUCCUGCACCCAGGUGCAAUAAAACACCCCAAAAACAGCAGCCUAAAGACAUCCCUGUCCAAAUCUUCUCUGCACCGCCACCGCCAACAACCACCUGUCCUACUGCACCUCCCCCCCCCCCACCACCACCACCACCACCUCCCCCACCAUUGCCCCCUGCCAUACCUCCUCCACCUGUCAAAGCUUCGCCUUCCUCUGAAGACACACCAAUGCCUCUCAGUGAAAAAGAGGACCCUCCUUUUCCAGCCAAGAACACGCUCAAACAAAAUAUAGGAACAAUGGAUGAAGUGUUGGCCUCAUUGCAACGUGGACAGAUACAACUUCGAAAGGUCCCCGUUCCCAGCGCAGCGUCUCCUGCUGGGGACUCGAGGAGCAGUCUGAUGUCUGCCAUCCGACUGGGAGUCACCCUGAAGAAGAUGGUUCGUGCACGCAAUGAAGUCCCGAGCGGCGGAGACAACGAGCUGGAGCGCAGCAUCAAAGCCGCCAUGAUGAGGAUGAAGAAGGUGGCAGCCGACUCUGACGAGGAUGACAGAGGAGACGACGAGACACACAACACAGACUGGGACAGCUGAGAACUAGGCGCUGCACAAUUAAUCGAAUAUUAAUCGUGAUCUCGAUUUUGGCUUCCCACAAUUAAAUGAACAUGAUAGACUGCGAUAUUGACCUCCACACACAUCAGACUGCUCGGUUUAUAACUCGGCUCGGCCAGAUAUUUCUCCGCUCUCGGCUGAGAUGGACGGCAUAGCACUGCAGUGUUUUCAGUUUUCUGUUCAUUUAUACAGUAUUAACACUGUUACAUUUAUUCACUGUAUGAAUUAGCCCAGGGGCUAGUGGACGUUUAGCUAGCAGCUUAAUCCCGACAGAACACCACAGUGAAUUUCAGUCAGCAUGCACGUUUUUUCCAGCUUAACAUUGUUGAACCGGAGCAGCUAAUAUUGUUAAUGAGAGCAACAAGUUAGCGGCCUGACGAGUCGUCACUGCUGUGUGUGUGGGAGGAGAGAAACGCCACACUAAAUGACAGUAAAGACUCACACUGAGCUGAAAUUAAAACACUGUGCUGCAACAAUGCGUCUUUCGAUUUUAAUCAAACGCAUUCAUUUUUAGGGAUUUUGUUAUUCUACAGCAUUGAAGGAAAAAAAAA